AUGUCACAGAUGAAAUUGGUCACUUCAAGUACGGGCAUGUCACGGGCAAUUGCUGAGAUGAAUGCAACAAAUCGUGGUCAAGUGAUGAAUCUAAACACUGAGGGAAGAGCAGCAUAUGUUUGCGUGUAUCAAGAGAAGAAAGCACAGCAAGAGAGUGGUGAGUUGUCAAAGAUGGAAUUCUUCAAGUGGCUGGAUACCAAGGAUACUGGAGUUUGGAGGAACCCACACAAAAAAGAACAAUAUGAAAAGAUGCAGGAGCUUGUUGAUAGUUCUAAAGAUAGUGACAAACCCGUUUCUGAAGAUCAGGCUUUUCAUAUAGUUUUGGGUUACAACUCGGGAUAUUGUCAUGGACUUGGGUAUGGACAGUCAGCCCCAUCUAGGAGGAGAGAUCAUGUGGAUGCCAACUAUGAACAACUAUUCAGGGAUAAAAGCUAG